GAAAAUUUGGGGACAGUUUAUCAAAUAUUUCCAAGUGAUCAACAUAGAAUGAAACAGUUGCUUCUAGUCUUUGCCGCACUAGUGUUUGCCGUGGAUGCGCAGAUCCAUCCGGAUAUUAUAGAGGACGCCCAUUUGGACGCGCUUGGACUCUUACGAAAGUACGGUUAUCCAGCCGAAGAGCACAUCGUAGAAACCGAUGAUGGCUACCUCCUCGGAGUUCACCGCUGCCCGGGAAGCCCCAUGUCCCCACCGGCGCCCGGAAAGCCCGUAGUUCUGCUGCAGCACGGCAUGCUGAGUUCUUCAGCCGACUACAUCCUGAUGGGACCGCAGACUAGCUUGGUCUACAUGCUGGCCGAUGCCGGAUACGACGUUUGGCUGGGCAAUGGCCGCGGCAAUCGCUACUCCAAUCGUCACCGAACGCGGAACAACUCGACCCAGCAGUUCUGGGACUUUUCGUGGCACGAAGUAGGCAGCAUCGACAUCCCGAACAUGAUCGAUUACAUCCUCGCGAGAACGGGACAGCAAGGUCUGCAGUACGUGGGCCAUUCGCAGGGAACGACCGCCUUCUGGGUCAUGAUGUCGCAGCAUCCGUACUACAACCGUCGAGUCAAGAGCGCUCACUUGCUGGCUCCGGCGGCUUACAUGCACCACACCCGUAGCCCUUAUGUCAUCUUCUUGGCCACCUUCCUGCACACCACCGAGCUGAUGAUGCAGAUGAUGGGAACCUGGUACUUUGCACCAACCAACGAGAUGGACAUUCAAGGCGGACUGGACAACUGCCACGAUGGAGCACCUUUCCAGCAGAUGUGUACCAUCAAUACCUUCCUGAUUGCCGGCUUCAACACUCAGGAGGUCAACUACACUAUGCUUCCGGUGAUCCACGCGCACUCCCCUGCCGGUGCAUCGGCCAUGCAGAUGAUCCACCACGCGCAAACCAUCCGGUCCCGAAUCUUCCGCCAGUAUGACCACGGACCUACGUUGAACAUGGUCCGGUACGGUUCUAUGGUUCCCCCGCGCUACAACUUCGACAACGUCCAGGCUCCGACCCUGCUCUACCACAGCACCAACGACUGGCUGGCGGCUCCGGAAGACGUUGAACUGCUGCGCCGGGAACUUCCCAACAUCCACAAGCAGUACCUCGUACGCCAACCGCAGUUCAACCACAUGGACUUCAUCUGGGCCAUCAACGUGCGGCCGCUACUGUACGACGAAUUGCUGUCGGAUCUGAGGGCAUACGCCUAGAGCCGCCCCCCUUGAUGAGAGCAACCAAUAAACAUGACGUCUUUCUAAACUAAGUUUAAUUAAUUUA